GCUGCGAGGUUGAAAUCCUUGGAGUCAGACCAAGUUAUUGCCGCGAGUACUUCAGUGUCCCAACAGACAAAAACUUUGCAGAUGCCAUCAACGAUGCUCUUGAGUCUUUGCGCAAUGGCAGUGCCGAAAUGUCUGCGGUGUACUACGAGCGCAUUGACGUGGAAGGCCACCACUACGGCCCUUCGUCCCAGCAGCGGAAGAACGCUUUGAAGGAGGUGGACAAAGCCUUGAGCAACAUGAUCACACUCAUCAAGAGCAAGGGCCUUCAGCAUGACAUCAACGUCCUCCUCUUCUCCGAUCAUGGGAUGACAGACAUCUCUUGGGCAGACAAAGUGAUUGAGCUGAAAAACUAUAUUAAUAUGAGUGAUACCAUACAAAUGAAGGACCGAGGUCCUGUUGUGAGCCUCUGGCCAGCUCCAGAGAAGGAGGAAGAGAUAUAUCAAAAAUUGAAAGCUGUGGAACACAUGCACGUUUAUAACAAACAGAAUAUUCCAGACAGGUUUUUCUACAAAAAAGGAAAAUUUGUGUCUCCUCUAACUCUUGUGGCCGAGGAAGGAUGGUUCAUAGUAGAGAGCAGAGACAAGCUGCCCUUCUGGGAGAACGGGACGGGGAAGAAGGAGGCCUGGCAGAACGGCUGGCAUGGCUAUGACAACGAGCUCAUGGACAUGAGAGGCUUCUUCCUCGCAUACGGGCCAGAUUUCCGAUCCAACUUCCGAGCGCCUCCCAUCAGAUCUGUGGAUGUUUACAACAUCAUGUGCAGCCUGGCAGGAAUACAGCCACUGCCCAACAAUGGCUCCUGGUCCAGGGUGGAGUGCAUGCUCCGAAAUGCAGCCCCCUUGGCACCGCUCCCCCUGUGUGGCAGCUGCGCCCUGGCGCUAGCUCUGCUCUCCUUGUUCGCUGAGCAAAUCUCCUUGCUGUGA